CGCACUGCAUUCUAAUGAAUCGUCAAUGCUCUAAUAAAAUCUAUUUACUUCUUACUGGAUCUUUUAAGAUCGUUUGAACGAUCCGAUUAAAUCUUGCAACCCUUUUGCACACGACAACUGCAUUCAGCACCACAUUGAAAGAAACCAAUGUCACCCCUGUCGCUGCUGUCACGCUCGUUCCUGACAACGUCGUUAAUACCCAGAUGACUUCAUACACCUAUAUGUCUUUCUACUGUAUCUGAAUCAGGGGGGACCGGGUAAAUACCAAGCAACAAAUAAUCCAAAGGAUCAACAGUUUGAUUAAAGGGUACAAUCAAAAUCUCAGCAGCACGAACCAAAAUUAGCAUUGGACCCCGUUCAUUGAGAACAAAGAAAUGUAUACAGGCUUGUAACAACAUGAAGGUUAUCUGUGUCAUGCAGCAGAAAGUGUGCACACGCAACACAGCACUGUUUGUGAAGAACGGUGAGGCGUGUGGAGCCGGGGCUCCUCAGCAGUUCCCUUUCCGAUGCCCUCGAUGUGGUGAACACGAACGUUUUCAGAGCCUGGCUUCUCUCAGGGCUCAUCUGGAAUACAGACACCCGUUCCACACUAAUCACGUCAUCAGCCUCCUAUCCACAAGGGGGCGCUCCAACACAGACCUAGCGGAAAGUUGCAAAGGCUCAAAUUGCGACAAGUAUAAAGUCUGUAAUGCUGGGACAAAUACUAACUCAAUUGGUAGAGAUCACAAACUCAUAUUUAACACUGAUCCAACUCCCUCCCAUCAAUUACCUGGAGAGCAGAUGCUGACAUCUCCAGAGAGGAGCCUCAUAGUUGGGGAGGCAUUGGCUGGAGUCGGGCCCCUCUCGGCUCCGGUGGUGUCCGUUGAAAAGAGACUGGAGGGGAUGAUAAGGACCGCCAACAGCAGUAUGGAGAGGCGUCUACUACGGCUUAGCUCAGAGCUGGCUCAGACAGACACCGCCAUACUUUGUGAGCGUGCUCACUCGCAUCAUCUGGCCCAGGAGAAGCAGGAAGUUCUGGAGCGAGAGCGGGCACUCAGCAGACAGGUGGAUGCUGCAGUCAUGGUGAUCGCCACCAUGCGGCAACAGCUCAGCAUCUCAGAGCAUGAACUCGAGAGGAGAGAACAGGAGGUUAUUACCAUCCAGAAGUUUCUGGAAGCAGCAGCGCACCAUGAGAUGUGUGGGAAAGUUCGAUUGCGACGGUUCAUUGAAGGUCUUCUGCGACGGAUUUCUCUAGCCGAGAGACUACUGGAAUAUUAUCAGAGCGCACCGCACAGGCAUUAUUGUACUGCUCACCCUGAGCCUGUUUUCUCUGAUCUAGGUCCACAGAGAUUAAAACACAGCAGGUCGUCAGGAGACCAUUUAGAGCAGGAUGAAGAGCAGCAACUACUUGGCCAGUCUAGAUGGGGACUGUCUAAAUCUUCCGCCAGUGGACUGGGUUACGACGACUGGUGCCAGAGAAGGAGGUCAGAUGGGUAUGAGGUUUAGGGACAAAGACUCGCAAUGAAUGUACAUGCAAAUAACACAGUUUAUGAGUCAAACAACUUUAAGUUAAUAUGAAAAUCCCAACCAACAACUUUAUUUGAGAACCUUUUUCCCCAAUAUCAACAAUAUUUUAGUAGAAAUACUAAAGUUUAGUUGUAGUUACACCCACUUCAAUCCAUUGAAAAAUUAGUGCACUUGAAAAAGUUUUACUUUUAUAUUCUUAAAUAUGAUUGGGGUUCAACCAUGAAGUAUUUUAAAGGUGGUGUGUGUAAAUUUUAGUGCCAUCUAGCAAAUUGCAACAGCUCACACCUUCAUUUCAAAACGCAUGUGGUAGCUGUCACACAACAACGUUGUUAGGUCUUUAUACACCACUGAUAAUAUAGUUAUGUAUAUUAUACUGCAUUUCUGUCAAGAGAUCCUUCUAAAAGUUACACAUUGCACCUUUAACAAUGGAAAUACACAUUGGUUGUAUUCUGGACACUUAAAAUUCUAGUUGCCCUUUAAUUCAAAUAAUAUAGCUAGCAUAACAGGUUGCUACAGUACUUAAGGUCAAGCUUUAUAACCCAGGUAAAAAUAUUACGUGUUUAAAUUUCAAGCAAAUACAACUUUUUAGGAAAAUUAAUGUAGUUAAAAAAUUGAAGUGUAAAGCACAGGUCUGAUGUUAUGCCACUAUAAGCUUGUCGUUUGUUCACAAACUGUCUUCUAAUAGAAAAUGCACUGUUUCUGUAAAAAAUACAAAUGUAGCAAAUACCUGUUUGGUUUUUAAUAGUGGUGCUAGUAUGAGAUGAAUAUACUUUCUCUGCUUAAGUUAGUCAACCUCAUUUGAAAUGUAUAAGAGGACAAUUUCGUUUUGUUAUAAAACCCGCAGCUAAUGAAAGAUGUAUAGAUGUCAUUAAGUGUUCAUAUAUUCAUUUGCCAGGGAAUUUGACAAAAGGUUAUAUUUGGAGCGAAAUCACUUACCUGUACAAUCUUUUUUGGCAGAAGUAUGAGAUAGUUUUGAGAAUGGGGUAUACUUUAUUAAGGAAAACUUUUAAACUGAUUUGCAUGUGAUGUUUUCAGUUUAACAUAUGUCAAGCUCCUUAAUUGCAAUUUUGUCUCUGUAUGAUUACAACAGUAGCACUUAUAGUACACUAAUCUUUGGCAGUACUGUAAAACUAUUUAGACAAAAGUAAAAUACUUUGAAUUGAGUAUGUAGCAAAGUCCAUAGUCAGACAUACUCACAUACAUUUGAAAUGUAGCUGUAAAUGGGAAGAAAAAGAAAAAGAAUGGGAAUUUUUUAUGUAUUUAAAGGUUACUCAUAUGCAUGAAUCUUUUUAACCAACAGAGUGGAGAUACAGGGUAUUGCUUUGGGUUGAUAGUGGUACAUAGUUUAGAAAAAAAUGUCUUCUAUGAAGGACAUGCACUUGUUUGGGUACACCAGGGGUACCCAAAGUAGCUCCAAACCUAAUCAAACACCCAAAGCAUCUAAUUAAGGUCUUACUAAGCAUACUAGAAACUUCUAGGCAGGUGUGCUGAGGCAAGUUGGAUCUAAUCUUUGCAGGACACUGGCCCUCCAUGACUUUGGGUACCCAUGGGGUAGACCCUUUAUUAGGUCCUGAGGGUGCCAAAACGCUAGAUAGAUGCUUCAAAACUUAUUUAUGCUGAUGUGGAGUUGUUCAGAUGCAGGGUAGAACUCACCCACAGUACCUUACUGUGCAUGCACACCACUAGCAACUAUGUAGCUGUGUGUUGCUAGUCUUCUUCAAUGAGGUCGUUAGGAGGCGUUCCUAGUAACAACUAUAAACAAAUGAGUAAUCGUCCUCUCAGUAAAUAAAGAAAGAUGCAUGAUGUAAACUCUGCUGCUUUACUCUCAUUAGUUGUUGCUUUCUAAUGUCGCUUGUCAUUUGCAUAAAGUUAAACUGUUGUUGCAUAUCUGGACACACCCACUUCCUAUCGCCAAUGGUUGUCUGAAUCGCCAAGCUUUCAUUGAAAUCAAUAAGAUCGCUCCGCCGUUGCUAGUCGCUGGCGAUGUGCACGCAGCUUUACUGUGCGUUCAAACCAGACGCGGUAGAGGUGGCAAAAACGCACUAUUCACGCGUAGUUGGACACUUGAACAUUUUGAGUUUACUCGCUUCAUUCGCGCGUGAAAUUCUAGUAAUUCGAGACAUUCACGUGGCAAUUGGCUUCAUUAGAGGGGCUUCUACGACAGAUUUUUUAACUUGCGCGUUUCCCCUGGCAACGCUCAAUUUGUUCCGCCCCGUUUGCGCCGUGCCUUCCGCGUGUUUCGGGCAUUCCGCGCAGCACCAUUUGCGCUUACCGCACCACAGGAUGCCUAUUCGUGUCUUUGCAUUGACUUAACAUGUAAAUCACUCGCACUUGCCACCUCUUCCGCGUCUGGUGUGAAUGCACCAUUAUUAAGUCUUCACAUGAAAAAAGUUAUAGCCAGUAAGGGGCAUGUAUUAACAUUUCAGCUCAGUCUAAAUAUUAAGUUUAAAGGAAUGGUUCACUCAAAAAUGAAAAGAAAAAUUCUGCUCUUUUAUACAAUGGAAGUGAAUGUUGAUUAAUCUACCAAGAUUUACAACAACCUAGUUGCAACAACCUAAAUUUCAGUAUCUAAUGUAAAAAAGAGAGAAACUUAAGACAUUCAAACUUCUCUUGUCUUGUUUUAUAGAAAAUAAGAACGUUUUAAGGCAUAAUAAAUAAAUUUCAUAAUCAAUCAAUUACAUUUUUGGGUGAACUAAUCCUUUAAUUUUUUGUAUCAGUUGCAUGUGACUAGCUAACUAUUAUCUUUUGGCUUUAUGUGCAAUGUUGGCACAUUUGCACAUAUAUUUUAAGAGCCCAAUAUACCUGUUCAUUUGAGCCAAAAUGGCACUUUUAGUUAUCAUAGUUAUGCCUAUACAAAAUGCGAAGAUGAAAAAAGACUGUAAAGGCAUUUCAUCCACUUCAUUACUGCUCAAUUAUGACACUGUGAUUAAAAUCUACCUUUGUGGUUUUUUCAUCACUAGUAAAAAGGUUACUUGAUGCAAAAAUGAAAAUGUUGUCAUCAUUUACUCUCUUUCAUGUCAUUCAAACCCCUGAUUACUUUUUAUUUGUAUGUUUUGCCUUGAAUUUUUGUUUGGAAUGGAAGUGGAUGGUGGACUUUCAUAAAAUAAUGGAUUUUUCAAAACCUGUUAUGCCUUCAUGAAACUUGGAAUAUACGCCAUGAGUGGAAUUGUGUUUUUAAAGGGGACAGAGAAUGAAAAACCAUUUUUACCUUGUCUUUGUUGAAUAAUGGUAGUCUACCCGCAUUCACGAACAUACAAAAAGUGCUAAACAUCUCAGUCUCAUAGAAAUUCCUCUUUUAGAAAUGUCAGCCAGAAAACGACCCAAUCUGAAAAACUGAUGCUUAUGACAUCACUGCCCCUCCACUUUAAAAUAAUUGGCUGCAUUUUUUGAGUGGCAGCAAAGUCAGCCAAUUAGUAAUGAGAUUGCAAGUUAAGCCAGUAGGGGGAGCCAAAUAGGUGCAAAACCACUUGUUUAAAAUCCCCCACCCUAAUAGAGCUAUCUGAGAGAGGUUUUUAGGAAGCUUCUAAGGCAUCACAGACCCAAACAAAAAAAAUUUUGUCUACAUGUCACAUCACAGAACAACGAUAAAUACCCCGUUCAAUCAUUCUAUGUCACCUUUAAAGAACCUUUUCCGUUAUUUUGAAGCAGUGUAGCAGCUGUCACCAUCCACUUCUACUGUAAACAACAACUACAAAAACACUUAAAAAACUCCAAAAAAACCUAAGGAAACCAUAAGGGGUUUAAACGACCUGAGGGUAAGUAAAUAAUGACAAACAGGGCUUGACAGUGUGACUUUUACGACUGUUAAUUUUUUGUGUGCCUGUGAGAACUUUUUUAGCCGCUGCUUGUUUAUCGCAAAGUUGCAUUACUCCACAGUCCUUCCAGAAUUUUUUUUUUUGUGAUUGUUGUGGGCAAAAAUCCUUGAUCUUGCGGCAAGUUUUCUAGAAAAAUGUGUUGGAAUAUGCAGGAUAUUUAUGCAAUUUUAUGCGAUGAAAUUGCGGGAACUUCCAAAAAUUGCAGGGAACUUGCAAAAACUGUUUGCUUUUGCAGCUUUUCAAUGAUGUUCACAUCACAUUCCCAUAACAACAGGGGACAUGGCUGCGCUUGUGUGAAGUAAACGCAACAUUUUUCAACUUUCUGCCAAGAUAUAUCUGAUUUUUGCUACGAAAAUACGGUCGCAUAAUCACGUUUUUCUCGAGGGACUAAGUUUAUGCUGAAUUUAAAUACAUUUAGAAGCAAAACUACUACAGAAAAUUUUGAGUUUAAAGCUCACAUAACACGCCCAACUGCUUUUUUGACACUUUGCCAUUGUUUAGCAUGAGGAAACAACUCUAUAACUGUGUUAAUAAGUCAGAAUGCAUGAAAUACCAUUGAACCAUCCCUUUAAAAACAUUAAUAAAUUUUAUCUUCGUUAGUGUUGUUUUUAUGUUUAUGUUACAAAAGGCUAAAUAAACGUAUGCAAACUUUGCAGUACCCAGCCACAUUCUUGACAAUGUGUUUCAAAGUGAAACAGGGUAGCAAAAGCUGUUUUUGCGAAAUAUACCUAAAAUUAACAUUUUUAAAAUAUUACAUUUGGUUUAUCACAAUAUGUUCCUGAAAUUUGUUUGAAUAGCUGCCUACUUCUACACAUUUGUAUUGUGGCACAUUAAUGUUUUAGGAUUUCAGUUGUUUUUGUAAUUAGGAGCACACAUGUGCACCCAAAAAAUAAACGUAAAUGUAUAAAUGUAGGCAUCGAGCCCUGACAAAAUUCUCAUGUUGUCUGAACUAUUCCUUUAAGUUAUGUUAAUUUAGAAAGGAGUCGUUUUAUGUAGUGCUGUGUGAGCAUGAGGUUGUUGACCUCCAUCAGUAUUUUAUUGUGAGUGAGCAUGCUAUAAUGCUUUAACCAGUGGCUUGUGCAAUAUGUGACAGUAUUUUCAUGAUAGGAGGAAAAACAAAAAAUAUUGUACAGGAGAAAUUUGAAAAUUCAAAAGCACCAUAAGAUAAAACGUGUUACAGUGGGGCACAACCUAAUUCACAUUAGGCUUUGAAUCGUAUCUUGUACAGUAUAUAAGUUUGUCAAGAUAUUUAAUAAAAAGUUAGUUUUGCAAACUGAUUAAAAUAUAAAGAUGAAAGAAAGUACCAAAAAUUAAAUGCAUGACGUUAUUGAUGCAGUUUGAUUAUUUUACUAUAGCUGUAACAACCAGUUAAGUCUUGGACAAUUAUUUCAUUAUUUCAUGUACAGUUUCUUCUGUGAAUUAGGUUGGGCCCUUGAAAUGUAGGAAUGCCAUUAUAGAUGUGACAAUCAGAAGUAGAUCCAAGUUAAAUGACUUAAAUGUUUUAAUUUCAUUGUUUAGUUUGUUCCUGAUGAUAGUAUCAGGGAUUAUUUGAGAUAAUGUUUAAUGUUGUGAAAUGUUGGUUUAUGUUUAAAUGUAAAAAAAAAACGAUUUUGUUUUCUUUAGACUUAAUGUUUGUGCCUUUCUCUUGGAACGUUGUUAUCUGUAUUACAUUUGUGAUACUGUGAGAUUUUCAGUCUCACAUGAACCUUGCUGCUCCAUGUGAUAUCCUUAAUAAUAGAAAUGAGAUUAGAAGUGAUCAUUAAAGAUUGAUCUGUUAAUGCUUUGCCUGUUAUUCAUCUCUUUGUGGCAACUGCAGCAUUAUUAAAAUCAGAAUGAUCAGUCGUGUA